AUGACAGCAACACAAAAUGAUAUACAACGAUUGAUUGAAUGUUGUAUUUGUUGUGAUUAUCUUACCGAAGUACGUGAAACACCUUGUUGUCACCAAUUAUUUUGUUAUGCAUGUAUUUUAUCAUGGCUUCAAACAUCAACAAAAAAUUGUCCACGUUGUCGAUCAACCACGCUUACGGAACAAACUUUAACAAAAAAUUUUGUUAUUCAACGUUUUGUUGAUAAUCUUGAAUUUGAUUGUCCAUAUAAAUUACAAGGUUGUCCAGCUAAAGUACCACGAUCUGAUUUAAUAAAACAUAAACAAUUAUGUCAAUAUUCACCAGAAAAACUUGCUCAUAAAAAUCGAGAAAAAUUAGAAGAAUUACAAGCUUUAUUAGCAAAAUAUAAAACAAGAAAAGGUAAUGUUACUGAUAAUGCUAUACUUGAUUUGGCAAAAUCAUUUUAUACUGAACAUGAAUAUCAACAGGCAAGAGAGUGUUUACAAUUGGUCAAGGAUGAGAAAAACUUACCUGAAAUGGUAAUGCUUCAAGCACAAAUCGAACGAGAUGAUAGUCAUUAUGAUCAAGCAUUAGAAUUAUAUACAAAAGCUUAUUCUAUAGCAAAAUCUAAUCUUGAACGUACUGAAUUACUUUUAGCCAAAGGACAUUUAUAUAUUAAAAUAGCUCAAUAUGGACAUGCAAAGGAUACAUUCAAACAAGCACUUGAUCUUUUAGAUGCCGAAGACCAUCCACAAAGAAAAGCUGAAAUUUUGAAUGCUUUUGGACUUGUUGCUAAAAAAUGCUCAGAAUAUGAUCAAGCUAUUUCAGCAUAUAAUAAUGCACUUGAAAUAGUUGAUACGAAUUCAGAUGUUUGGUCGGAGAUCAUAUCUAAUCUUGCUGACAUCCAUCGAAAGAAAGCUAAUUAUGAUGAAGCAAGAGAUCUUUAUUUAAAAUCUCUUAAACAAAUGGAAUCUCUUUAUGGACAAAAUCAUCCAUCAAUAGCUGAUAUUAUGAAUAAUCUUGGUAUGUUACUUAAAAAAGAAGGAAAAUAUAAUGAAGCAUUAGAUUAUCUUAAACAAGCAAUAAAAAUUUCUAAACAUUAUUAUGGAGAAGAACAUCCAAGUAUUGGAAUAUAUCUUACAAAUGUUGGUGAUAUUUAUCGAAAACAAGGUGAUUUUAAAACAGCUGAAGGAACUUAUAAAGAAGCAUUAACAUCAUUAGAAAAAUCAUUUGGACCAAAUCAUAUUGAAGUAGCUGAAGUUCUUAAUUCAAUGGGUUUAGUUUUAAAAAAACGUGCUGAUUAUGAUGGAGCCGAAAAUCAUUAUAAUCGUGCUAUUCAAAUUGUACAUGAUACAUUUGGUCAUGAUCAAGAACAUUAUAAAUUAGGUAUUUAUUAUAAUAAUUUAGCUGAUUUAUAUCGUAAACGUACUCAAUUUGAUACUGCAUUACAACUUUAUCAACGUGCAUUAAGUUCUAUUGAAAAAACACUUGGUCCACAACAUUCUGAAGCAGCAGAAAUUUUGCAUAAUAUGGGACAAGUUCAACAUCAACUUGAAAAUUAUAAAGAAGCUAUUGAUUAUAUAAAUCGAGCUUUAAUUAUUAUAAAAAAAGAAUUCGGUGAUAAACAUUAUAAAUAUGGAAUGUUUCUUAAUUCUCUUGGUCUUGCAUAUGCAAUGACAAAUGAUUAUACAACAGCUUAUGUACAUAUGAAACAAGCCUUACAAAUUCUUUUAACAACAUUAGGUACUAAUCAUAUUGAAGUUUGUGAUGUUUAUUCAAAUCUUGGUGAUGUUUGUAUGAAACUUGUUGCUGAAUAUGAUCAUGGAAAAUCAAAAAAUCGAAAACAAAAUGAUAAACAAUCGAAAUUAGAUGAAGCAAAAAAAUAUUAUACAGAAGCACAACGUAUUGUUCAAGCAACAUUUGGUACUGAACAUACAAAAUCAAAACAAUUUCUUUCUCUUCUAUUUAUUGUUGAUAAUUAUAAUUCAUUAUAA